AUGGUAUAUCUCAGAUUGGAAGGUUUAAAAAUCUCAGAUGCAUUGAUUAGUGUGAUUCUACGCUCAUGUCCAGAUAUAUGCUUUCUUAUUCUUGAUAAAAGUAAGGGUUUCACUAAUAUACUAAUUAUAGAAAUUGCAAGAUUUUCUCCAAAACUACAGCAUCCGAGUCUUAAUUCAUGUAUAUGUCUCACUAAUCGAUAUAUCACUGAAAUUACUUGCUCAUGUUCAAAACUUAGACAUUUUGAGCUUGGUGAUUGCUCAAUUGGUAAUGAAGCUAUCGAGAAGAUAGCCAGCAACUGUACUAAUUUGAAAUAUCUUAGUUUGAAGGGGUGUAGAAGGAUUAGUAAUGAAGUGCUGAAAAAACUCAAUCCAAAAAUUAAAAUCGAACAUCCAGAUUAUUCCGAUGAUGAAUUCUUCGAUUCUGAUUUACCUUCACUUAUUCCAAUCUUUACCGGUAGACAAAAUGGGAUAGCUAUAACCAGGUCCUUUAGAGACUACUAUUUGAGUCAUACAUCAGAUGAAACAGAUCUUAUUUCUGCAAUUGUUAAUUAUCUCAGAGAGAAUCCUCCAAUGCGAGAGAAAAUCCCAGUAAAAGCAUUAAUUGAUACAUCGUCAAAGUUUAAUACCAUUAGCAAGAGUUUUUUCGAUAAGCUUAAAGAAGAUUAUGGAAUACGUGAUCCUGUUGAGAAUAUCUAUGGGGAUGUAAUAGGUGAAAUAAAAUAUUUAGAUUUGCAAUUUUGCUAUAAAGGAAAGUGGCGAAGUUUAGAUAGUACCGAA